AUGCUUUUUUUCUUCAGUACAUUCCCCACUGGCCUAUAAUACUCUGCUAUUUAAGGAACUUGAGGUUAUUAGGAUCAGAUGAUCAGACAGUCACCUAUCCUUUAGUGGAAGGGAUACUGAUCAUUAGGACAUUGAAGAUCCUGAAGGACCACUUCUUUAUCCCCUAACCUGAGCUCCCACCAUGGCAUUGUGGGUAAAGGGCUGGACAUAGAGUCAAGAAAAUCUGUGUUUGAGGGGCAGCUUGAUGGCACAAUGGACAAAUCACCAGCCCCGGAGUCAGGAGGAUUUGUAUUCAAAUCUGGCCUUAGACAGUUAACAUUUUCCAGUUUUGUGACUCUGGGUAAGUCACUUAACUCCAGUUGCCUCGCAAAAAGAGAAAAUCUAUGUUUGAAUCCUUACACAUCUUAGAAACAGAUGUGGAACCUUGAGGAAGUCACUUAAUCUGUCUGCUUCAAUUUCCUUAUCUAUAAAAUGGGGAUCCCAACAACUUGUUCCUUACAAGCUUGUUGUGAGGAUCAAAUAAAUGAAUGUGGAUUAACUACUUUGAAAACCUUAAACAGUUAUACAAAUGCCAGCUCUUUUUCUUUCAACAAUGAUUCUGGAUCCUGAUAGAGAACUUGUAUCCAUGGGUUCUAGGUAAAAAUUUUGAAGACUGUUGGAUAGUGAUGGCAGUAUAAGAGACUGGUAAUGAGAUAGUAUGGGUGUUCUGCUCUUGGCUGUACCCAACUGAGAUGAUGUGUGGCCUUGAGCCACUUCUGUGGACUUCAUUUUUUUCUUUUAUAAAAUGGAGGAAAUGAUUUUGGUUUUACCUGUCUUACAGUGGGGACUUUGGGAAGACCCAGUGAAAGUGUGUAUGUUAGUAUGUGUUCUGAAAAGACCCAAGUGUUGAGUGGCUUUUCUAAUAUUGGGUACCGAUCCUCCCUUCAUCAGGGUUCUAAAGGUCCUGGGGGAGUACAGGGACUAUUUCUAAAGUGUCCCACCCCCACUUCAGUCCUGUUGUUCAACUCUCAAUGUUGGCCUUGCAUGCCUCUGGGGGACCAAGGGACUUCUUUAUUCUUGUGGUCUUGGCUAUUAACUGGUAAUUCAUUUUGACCAAGUAUCUGAAGUUAAAGCCUUAUGUGGACAUGAUUGCUCUAGUUCUAGAAGAGGGGUUCUGAGAGAGAUGUUGGUCAUAAAGUCCUUGGGUCUAAAUAUGACCUUGAGGUAGACUUGCCAGCUGCCAAACCUACGCAUUUCCACGUGCCUCUGUCUUUCUUUGUGGCUUUCUUCCAUGGGAAGUUUUCAGAAUAGAAUCAGGUAUCAGUGAGGGAUGAAACAUAUACAUUGUUACUCAGCCCAAUCCAUCCAACUAGUGCUGCACGAAGCUACCAUUCCUGUCUAUUCCUCGGUCCAGUUUGCUCUGCUAUGCCCAGUUCAGUGUAUGUGUUCAACAUUUCUUUGUGGGGAUCGUUAUCUUAGUAGGACCACAAACUAAGGAAACUGAGAAGGGAUGGGACUUGACCUUAGCCCAAAAGAUUUCGGACCAGGGGGAAGGGAGUAAAGAGUGUUGGUGGGGAGAUAGCUCAGGGGAGGAGAAAUAAUAUGGGCAAGUGCAUAAGGAGAUGGGGGGGCAUGUUUAGUAGACUGGAGGCAUGGACUAAUUUGGUUUGAACAAAGCUAGUUUUAGAAUGAAAGUGCGAGACACCAAGCUAGGCAGGUGAGUUGGGACCAUAUUAUACAGGACAUUUGUGUGUCAGCUUAGGUUUUGUUUUUGAUUUGGUAGAGACUGGGGAUCAUCUUAGGGGACAUUAUGUAGUCAGAGCUGUACAUUAAGAGGAUCCAUCAGAUUGUGGGGUACAGGAUGGAGUGAGAGAGUUGUCUAGGCUAGGAAUAGAGAUGAAGAUGAGAGAGAAAAAAGUCUGGAGGAGACCUACCCAACCACUUUACCCAUUACAUCAGCACUAGCAUUAUGACAUCAUUGGCGUAGCGUUCCAAACACCAGGACAGCGCUCUAUUCACACAGGGCCGAUGUUGUCCCCUUCCUCUGCUCCCCAAAGCCCUGUAGUACAGAAUCCCUGGGUAGGAGCCCUGUCCACAGCUCUCCCUGGAACAUUGGGAGUUGACUGCCAAGGUAAAUUUCCAAUCCCAGCUCCCUCUGGGGCUUGGAGGUCCCUCUAGGGAUUCUUUUGAGGGUCUAACCUUUCUUUUUUUGGAGGUGACUCACACAGAAGGUUAGUUAUCGCUGACAGAGAGCAUUUAGAAGCGAAGAAGGAAACGCUGGAAGGCACUUCUCCAUUCUGUGCCCUCCUGCAGAGCCCAUUCAGAUCUUUUUAUUGGGAAGUCAGGGAUGAAUGUCCCCAUUUCUCAGAUAGAGAAUCCAAGACCUUGAGAAAUGCCAUGAUGUAGCAGACAAUGCCUCAGAAUGUGUCAGGCGGAGCUAGAAUGACAUCCAGACCUCCCCCAUCCUGUAACCUAAUCUCAUUUCCCUUGUCUCUGGGUUUGGUUUUAGAGCUAAAUAUAGGACUCUAAUGGGUUUGGGGGUUUCCCUAGGGGGUCCUACCUUAUGAAUUGAUCCUGGGAAGGGAGUUUAUUGAGUGGAAGAGCAGAAGAAGCUUAAUAUAGUGAAAAAAAUGCCAGAUUUGGAAUCGAGGAACCUGAAUUUGAAUUCUAGCCUUAUUAUUGUGAUUUUAGGCAAGUUGUAAAACUUAAGUUCUUUGAGCCUCUAUUUCUUUAUCUAUACAAUUAGGGGGUUUCAUUUGAUGCUUCCUAGGCUCCUGUGCUUCUAAAUCUUACAGGCCUCUGAAGUUAUGAUGCUAGGAUUGCAGAUGGGACUUGUUGCUAUGGUUUUACUUGGUGCAAAUGACUAGGAAAAAGGGCACUAAAAUGUCCCUCCUAGAAAUGAGCCUUUAAGGACGAGAUUUUAUAGAGUUAGGGAUGGGGAAGAGAGGGUGUAAUCUCACCAAAUUGUUCAGGAAGUAAUCCUUCUAAGUCUGAUGUUCACCCUUUUUCUGCAGUUCCACCAAUGAGGCUCAACUUGCAGGAGGAGACCCAUCCCACUGCCAGGCCCUGACACCAGGAACUCCCCUGGAUGGUCCAGGACUGACACCCCAUCCCCACUCUCUUUCCCCCAUCUACUCUGACUGAUCUUCUUCUAGCUGGGAGCCCCUGCAACUGGUGUGAAGAGCUUCGUAGAGGGAGGUGGGUAUCUUCUGGCACUGAAGUCCAGAGGAGGAAGGGCAAAGAUCAAGAAAGACAGAAAGGAUCAAAGAGUAGCAGGCUUCCAGACCAUGCAUCUGCCUUGAGGCCAUCUCCGAAUUCUCUCGGUGCGGCGCGGUCCCUGGCCAUCAGGGGCAGGAGCCGUCCCUGGGCUCGGGUCGGUCGGGAAGCUCCCCUGACGGGGCCCAGUUGCUGCCCCGGCCCUGGCCCCAACCAUGUCUAGUCUUGUUGGCAGCCCCCAGCCCGAUAGCGGCGGCAGUAGUAAGUCAGGCACAGUAGAGAAAGGCAGCUCCGAUGAGCCCCUUCCCCCUGCCAACCCAGAGCGGCGGAACAAGAGUGGAAUCAUCAGCGAGCCCCUCAACAAGAGUCUCCGGAAGUCCCGGCCUCUGUCCCACUACUCCUCUUUCAGCAGCAGCAGCUCGGCGGGCGAGCUGGUGGACAAGGCGGCCGCGGCCUCCGGGCUGGCUAAUGGGCACGACCCGCCCAUGGACAAAACCAACUCUACCUCAAAGCACAAAAGCAGUGCUGUGGCCAGUCUGCUGAGCAAGGCGGAGCGGGCCGCCGAGCUCUCCGCCGAAGGACAGCUGACGCUGCAGCAGUUUGCUCAGUCCACGGAGAUGCUGAAACGGGUGGUUCAGGAACACCUUCCCCUGAUGAGCGAGGCCGGGGCUGGGCUCCCAGACAUGGAGGCUGUAUCGGGCACCGAGGCCCUGAAUGGUCCUUCCGACUUCCCUUACCUCGGCGCCUUCCCCAUCAACCCGGGCCUCUUUAUCAUGACGCCCGCGGGCGUGUUUCUGGCCGAGAGCGCCUUGCACAUGGCGGGCCUAGCAGAAUACCCUAUGCAGAGCGAGCUGGCUUCGGCCAUCAGCUCCGGCAAGAAGAAACGGAAACGUUGCGGCAUGUGCCCGCCCUGCCGACGGCGGAUAAACUGCGAGCAGUGUAGCAGUUGUCGGAACCGAAAAACUGGCCACCAGAUUUGCAAAUUCAGAAAAUGUGAGGAGCUCAAAAAGAAGCCUUCUGCUGCUCUGGAGAAGGUGAUGCUUCCAACGGGAGCCGCCUUCCGAUGGUUUCAGUGACGAGUGGAGCCCCGGAGCUGCCAUCUCGUGCAAUGUCCUUGCUUGUGUUGUCUCAAGUAGGGGAUUCGGGCGAAGACGAAUGGAUGCACCUAUGUCUUUUAGAACCAAAAAUAUUCUCUCGCAGAUUUCAUUCCUGUUUUUAUAUAUAUAUUUUUUGUUGUUGUUUUAACAUCUCCACGUUCUAGUAUAAAAAAAAUCAAAAAACAAAAACAUUUAACUGCUUUGCAGAAGAAGAAAAAAAAAGAAAAAUGAAUCUGUAAAGUAUGGAGACUUAAUAGCAGAGAAUGGACAAUCAGUUUCCUUCGUGUGUUGAUGUUUCUGUUGUUUGUGUGGAAGAUGCAGUUUCUGUGUAGAGAAUGUAAAUUUUCAGUAACCUUUUGAAAUCUAGUUACUAAUAAGCACUACUGUAAUUUAGCACAGUUGUUUAACUCCACCUCAUUUAAACUUUGUUUGAUUCUUUCCCAUCAUAAAAUAGUGCAUAGUUUUCCUAGAGUACGCCACUUCAUGUUUAUAAUGAGAAUAUGUUUAUAGCGAUAUAGAGCCCCCACCCUGGAAUCAUCCACAACUGCAACUUAACCAGCCAGGAGCAAAGCGUCAGAGGUGGGCGCUCCCUAAGCAGACCAUGUCUUACCCCAGUGGUCCUUCAAAAGAAAAUUAAAACAUGGUGACAAUGAUGACAUUAAAAAGUUCUGUUAUAUAGUUUAUAUGGAUCCAGGGCUCCAACAUACAGAGGUGCCCCUAAUCCCUGUUUUACUUAGGAAAAAAUCAUUUUUAUAAUCUUGCUGAAGUUAAAGACAGAACUAUCCCCAGGGCAAUGGGGGUACCCUGGGGCUGAGGAUCUCCCCCCCUCCCCAUAUCACCAUCCCCAAGCCCUGGUCUCUUACUGCUGAUGGACAUGCUGUUUGUAUUGUUUUAGCGAACCAGGCUGUUUUGUGAAUAAAAUGAAUGCAUGUUUUGUGUCUCAAUUCA